CAGGUGUUCUGUCCGUUCUGAUUCCCGUGGAAUGUUCAGGGACGGUGUAUGUCCGGACCGGAGGAAACCUCACUGGUUGUAUGCCGUGUCGUCACCCUGAUGACUCCCUGGAGCUGUACAGAGAGUGCGGAGGAAUGGACAAGGAGGGUCUCUUGAUGAUUCUCUGUCACAGUAACUCUAGUAAACGUUCUAACCCCAGAAUCCUCCAGGACACAAGCAGCCAAUGCUGGACUUUGCCAGAUGGCGGGAGGAAUGAUUCCUGUCUGUAUAGGAUCCAUUAUCUCAGCGCUGGGAUUCCAGAUCACAUGACGGACAUCCGAGUUCUGGAUCCGGUUCUCAUCUCCAACAUCACCAAUAACUGCAGCCGGCUGGGUGAGGACAUGGCGGUGAGCGUCCAGUUCUUUGGAGAAAAGAGCGCUGUGACCUGGGAGGUGGACGGGGAGCCCCUCCCUGAAAGAUACCGGCUGAUAGAUGACAAUAGGACGCUGAUUAUCCCCAGUGUGCAGAGAGACGACGCCGAGAGGAGAUUCCGGGUCAGGAUCACCAACCCGGUCAGUGAGGAGAUCCGGGAAUACCGGCUGAAGGUCAGAGGUUAUGUUUUUAUGGAAGGAAUCGAGGCGUCACGGUUUUGGUAUUGUUGUUGGAGAUGUCCUAUUUUAUUUUAAUGGGGGUUUUUUUACCUUUUUUUUUUGAAAUGUUCCAGAAAUGUGAUCCCAGAAACUACGACACUAAAUGGUAAACCAUACGGAUCCGUGCCCACCAUUCCGGGACAUGAGUCCGUGCCGCUGAGAGAUGAGCCUGUGACUGUCAUAGUACAGAAUGGAUCUGUGCCCACCAUUCCGGAACAUGGGUCCGUUCCACUGUCACCAAGAGAUGAGCCUGUGACUAUCCUAGUACAGAAUGGAUGUGCCCACCAUUCCGGAACAUGAGUCUGUGCCGCUGUCACUGAGAGAUGAACCUGUGAAUAUCAUAGUACAGAAUGGAUGUGUGCCCACCAUUCCGGAACAUGGGUCCGUUCCCGCUGUCA